CCCCCUGCUGGCCGGGCGGUGGUUCGGUCUGGAUCGCGCUCUCCGGAAGUGUCGAGGCAGCUGGAGCAGCCGCCGCUUUCUGCCAGUCCCGUUCGGAGCCGAGUCUCUGCUUCAGCCGCCAGCUUCUGCAACCAGGAUAGAUUUUACCCUGUCCCUGGUAUCACGUGACCCCGGCUACCUUUGGACUUCUCAGUAUAAGAAACGUUACACCGUUUGGAAACUCACGAAAUAGCUCGGGUGGAAAGAGGUGCAGACACCUAAACCUUACUACAUAAGCUGCCUUAAUACAUCAACCUUGCAAAACUUGCUUGGGAAUCCAACAGCCAUCAUGUCUAGCAAAAGGGCAAAGACAAAGACCACUAAGAAGCGCCCUCAGCGCGCAACCUCCAAUGUGUUUGCAAUGUUCGAUCAGUCACAGAUUCAAGAAUUCAAAGAGGCCUUCAACAUGAUUGAUCAGAAUAGAGAUGGCUUCAUUGACAAAGAAGACCUGCAUGAUAUGCUCGCUUCCCUUGGAAAGAAUCCAACUGAUGAAUACCUAGAUGCUAUGAUGAAUGAAGCUCCAGGCCCCAUAAACUUCACUAUGUUCCUUACAAUGUUUGGAGAAAAACUAAAUGGCACAGAUCCAGAAGAUGUAAUCAGAAAUGCUUUUGCUUGCUUUGACGAAGAAGCAACAGGGUUCAUUCAAGAAGAUUAUUUGAGAGAGCUGCUGACGACAAUGGGAGACAGAUUUACAGAUGAAGAAGUAGAUGAGCUGUACAGAGAGGCACCAAUUGACAAAAAGGGAAAUUUCAAUUACAUUGAAUUCACACGCAUCCUUAAACACGGAGCAAAAGACAAGGAUGAUUGAACAAAAUUUCAGACACCUGCAGCUAGCUCUAGUUUUCACUUGCGUUUAUUUUUGAGGGUUUUUUCCUGGUAGAACCUGUUGCAUGCAUCUAGCUUUUACAGCUUUUGCCUUUCUCAGUAUAUUUAUCUAUUCCAGGCCAUUCUGGCACAUUUGCACCUGUGUAAUCAAGCUGGAUGUGGGGGAUGAUAUUGUGGUGAGAAGAAUCUGGGGACAAAGAUCAAUGAAUUUGAAGGCCCAGGAAAAAAGUCUCAAUGUUUCUGGUUUAGCUGGAUUUUUACAUUUUUUGUAAUAAAAAUGUCCUUUUGAAAUAAAGAUUGCUAUAUAAAUAAAAUACCUCAAACUGU